AUGUACGCCAGCAGAUCGACGGCGAAUUGGGUGCAGUUUUGGCGAAGUCGGACCAAUCUUUUGUCGCGUACAUUGGGACAACGACGAGUUCUGAGCAAUGAGGCCAAAAGAGUGCAAACGCUUGACGAAUAUUUGGAGAAACAGACCAGCACAUCAAGUUCGGUCCUUCCCAAAUCGAUCGAUUUAACGCUGACGAGGAUCAAGAAUAAAUUAUCACCUCCAAUGCCAGUGGAUCCGAAUUUGAAGCUGUUACUCGACCAAGCCGCCACGCAACUCUACUACAAUUGUGCGAAUCAUUUCGAUUACGACAAAUUGUGUUCAUCAUUUGGAUUGCCGGAUUAUUUCUCAACAUGGUUUAAGCUCACAUUGAUGCACAUUUGGAUGGUACUUUUGCGGACACAAGUUUCAAUGGAUGCAGCUGCUUACAUGCGACUGCAGUCAGGAUUGCUCGCAUCGUUGUGGUUGGAUGUUGAAAAGCGUUUGGAAAUUAUAUCCGAAGAGUUGGGGAAAUCGAUGAAGCGGAGUUCCGAUUUAACUGUUAUGCACGGAUUGCACAUUCAAACUUUCCUAGAAUACGAUGAGGGUUUUCUAUCUUCUGAUGCUCAACUAGCGGCGGCCGUGUGGCGAUGUCUCUAUCUUUCUAGAGAAGUCGAUCCAAACAAUGUGCUAAAAAGCAUUCUCUAUAUGCGGUCAACCGUGGCCUGGCUCGAUACGUUAGAUCUUCAAGAAAUUCUCGUCGACGGGCUCAAUCAAUGGAACCAAAUCAAGCCAAAGACCUCAUUUUUA